AUGAUGUCACCAUCGCCCAAAUCUCCCGAAGAAAAAAAACUACCAGCUAAUGAAAAUUCAUCAAAUGAUGAAUUAUCUCAUCCACAAAAUCAUACACAACAUGAAUAUAUUGCUUCUGAUGAAUCAACAACAAAUUCUGAUGAUGAUAAUAACAAUACAAAUAAUCAAUAUGAACAUUUCAAUGGUUAUUGUCUUUUACCACAAGAAUCCGAUAUAAAUCAACAACAACAACAACAACAACAACAAAACUAUGAUGAUAGUGAAGAUGAAGAUGAAGAAUUUCUUCGUUUUGCUACACUUCGAUUACAAUCAUCAAUUGAUGAAAAUAAAAAUUUUCAAACAAUAAAUUCAACAAUAUAUACAAAUGAAUCUAUUUGGUCAACGAAAUUAGAAAGUGAACCAUUUCCUGUUGAUGAUGAUAAAGCUAAUUAUAUUAAAAAUUUAAUGUCUUCAAUAAAAUUGCCUGAAUCAAGUAUACCUGUAUGGGCACAAUAUUAUACAGAACAAGAUUGGCAAGAAAAAUUACGUGAAAGAAUUAUUUGCCGACAGACAACAUUUUUUCUUAAUGAAAAAAACUAA